AUGGCAAUCAGCAAAAAAUAUGCUGGGCUUCCAGACCUGGAUCCCGCUCCAGAAGUCUACGAAACCCCAGAUCUAGCCGAUGAUGUCUCUACUGUCCAGCAACAACAGACAGGUACCGUGCGAACCAUAUCUCCCACUCCUUCCAAUCACGAUUCUGGUGACCCAGGUCUGGAUAGACAACCUGUCGAUCGAGAAGGUGCCAGGCGCAGAUUUGGUGCUUCCAGGGUCGAUGCCAGGGAUGUGGACUUUUCAGACGCCAUUGGUGCCUCCCACCGCUCAUAUCGAACCCGUACUUCGCGGCGGCGGCGUAUGAUCAAGAAUGACAAAGGCGAAGAUGAAGUCGUCUACAUGAGUGACAGCGAAGACGAAACCUUGGGCAGGAAAUUGGCUCGCUUAAAGAGGGAGGCAGAAGAAGUGAGACUGCAGUUACAAAAGUUGGACCAGGAGAAGGACUCCGAUGCCGAGUUCAAGGACAGCGUUGAAGAGCAACAGCAACCGCAGCGUCCCGACCAAGACGAGAAUGUCACUCCUGACAACGUGGACGAGUUGAGUAAAAUUCUUGACGGUCUCACGGUUAAGGCUGGCUUAAAAGGUUUAGGAACGGCAGAGGAGGAUUUCAUCUCAAAACUCGACUCCAAUGCACGACAGCGACAGCAACAACGAGCCCACGAUGCCAGUAUCAUCUCUCACCCGACGGGAGGUCAAGCAGCCUCAUUGAACGGUGCAUUGUCUCCCGUAAGUGCCGUGGCUGCAUUUUCGGACAGACUUACUGCCCUCGAGGCCGCACUCGGCGUUGGGUCGACCAGCGCUGAAAGCUCUCAAACAACGUCGAUCCUUCCCACUCUGAACAAUCUCUCAUCUCAGAUAACCACCCUUUUCGGCGCCCUGAACCCUCCAACCACAAAUACUGCGUCUUCAGGUCCGCAUACAACUCCCCUCCUCGACUCCGUGUCAAGUCGAUUGAAAGCCUUAGCCAACGAGUCCAAGGCUCUAGAACAAAGUCGCAAAGCCGCACUGGAAUCUCUCGCGAGACUCCAUGAGACUCGGAUGCACCAUCUAGUUGCAGCAAACAUCCACACCGGCAGACACUCUGGCCGAGGCGUUCCAAACACCUCAGUAGGACCAGACGGUGGUGUUUUUAAAGUGAUACAAACGCGUAUCGAGCCAAAAGACUUCUUUCCUACCACUGACAAUGGCCGUCCUGAUUAUGAUUAUAUGUCCCGUCCCGACGAUGAAUCUCUUCAAAUCACAUCACGAGUCUUCCUCGAGGAGCAAGCCACAAAAGUCACCGCGCUAUACCAACUACUCCCGUCGAUACAGAACCUCCAGCCACUGCUCCCAGUUGUGCUGGAACGAUUGCGGACGUUGAGCGUGAUCCAUGCAGGUGCAGCAGAAGCCAAGAACGGACUCGAUGAUGUGGAGAAAAGACAGCUCGAGAUGCAGGCUGAAAUCAAACAAUGGCGGGAAGCGGUCGAAGUUGUGGAGAAGGGUCUGGCUGAGUUGGAGGAGUCUAUGAAGGGUAACACUAAGGUCGUAGGGGAUAUGGUGGGUGACCUAGAGGGAAGGAUUGGGACCUUAAGCAGCAGGAGAUAA